AUGAGAAGAGGAGGUGCGAAGAGGAAUGCCAUAAAAAAGGUCCUCCUGCCCCUCCCUGCCCGGCCCUGCCUGUCCUGCGCACCUGCGCACACCCGGAAGCGGCUCCUCACGCCGCAUCUCUUCCCUUGCUCUCUCCUAGGAGGCGAGGGCACGACCACGCUCCCCGGUACCCUACCGCCCGACGCCUUCUUCUCCAAACACGCCCACUCGACGCUGCGCACCGCCGCACACGCAUCGCACGAGCGCACCCUGUCCUCUGCCUCCGGCUACGCGCACCACCAUGUGGCCGGCGCUGCCAGAAGCACCACCUCGCCCGCGAAGCAGCGCUACGUCACGGACGCGCAUGGCCUCGAGAUCGUCAAAAAGAUCCGGCAGGGCGAGGUCGAGCUGCGCGAUCGCACCAUCGUCCUGUGCGGCAUCAAAGCCAACGUCCGUCCAGCUCGCUUUGCGUUGCAUGUUUUGUGUUGUCACAUUCGCGAUCGCUCAGUGUCGAGCUGA